UUUAUUAAAUUAAGUAGCGUCUAAAAGGAAACGGGGCACGCUACGAUAAAGUUGAAGAAGGUGGUCCAAAAAUUUUAAAGCCCAGUCUCACACACUAGGGACGCUGAGCUUCUUCUUCUUCAUUUUCCGUCCAACAAAGUAACAAUCCCUCCUGUUAGGGUUUUUUUUUUCUAGGGUUUUAGCUCAGAAAUGGCGUCUCUCAUGGCGAUCCGACGAGCACGUAGCAAGAAUCUUCCUUCAUUCUUUAACGUACGACCCCUAUACCCUUCUCAUUUCACCUCCAUUCACGAUAACAACAACAACAACAACAACAACAAACACAGUCUCCAAAGCUUAGCCAAAACCCUAAGCACCUCUGCGAUGCACAAUGUGUACCAGAGGUCUCCGCCGCAGCAACCGCCUCAUCCCUCCGACACUGAAAACCCUAACCAGUGGACUUCACAAGGUGAGGGAUAUCCACAGUCUCAGAGCUUCAAUAAUCAAUUCAAUUAUCAGAACCAGAACCGGAACCAAAACCUAAACUAUCCCAAUCGGGAUCAAAACUAUCCGAAUCGUGGACACCCUAACCCUAACACUAGUCAGAGCUAUCCUCAGUAUCAAAACGCUAACCAGGUUAACCCUCGGACACCUAAUUAUCAACAACCACCCAGAAACCCAAAUCAGUGGAACAACCAGAAUCAGGGUUACCCUCAUCGUGGAAGUGACCAUCAAUGGCCUCCACAAGUUCAAAACCCUGACCGAUUUUCUCCACAAGUUCAAAACCCUAACCAGUGGAACAAUCACCAGGCUUCGAAUCAAGUUCAGGCUACGUUGAAUCAAACACCUAAUGUUGUUCCGCCUUCUGUUGAAGAUUUGAGGCGGUUGUGCCGAGAGGGAAAGCUUAAGGAAGCUAUUGAACUGAUGGACAAAGAAGGGGUUAAGGCAGAUGCUGAUUGCUUUCAUACUCUGUUUGAGCUAUGUGGGAAAUCGAAGUCGCUCGAGAAUGCCAAAAAGGUUCACGAUUUCUUUUUGCAGUCAACAUGCAGAAGUGAUGUUCAGUUGAUUAACAAAGUGAUUGAAAUGUAUGGGAAAUGUGCAAGCAUGACUGAUGCACGGAGGGUGUUUGAUCAUAUGCCCGAAAGGAAUAUGGAUUCUUGGCACUUGAUGAUGAAUGGGUAUGCAGAUAAUGGGAUGGGAGACGAUGGCUUGCACUUGUUCGAGCAGAUGAGGGAGCAGGGAAUCAAACCCAAUUCACAAACUUUCCUUGCAGUAUUCUCGGCCUGUGCUAGUGCGGAUGCUGUGGAGGAAGCAUUUAUCCAUUUCGAGUCGAUUAAAAACGAGUAUGGAUAUGCCCAGGAGAUGGAUCAUUAUUUGGGACUUCUGGGUGUGCUUGGAAAAUGUGGGCAUCUUAAUGAAGCAGAGGAGUACAUUCACAAACUCCCUUUUGAGCCCACGGUGGCUUUUUGGGAAGCUUUGAGGGAUUAUGCUCGUAUCCAUGGAGAUAUUGAUCUUGAAGACCAUGCUGAGGAGUUAAUUGUUGCUCUUGACCCAUCAAAGGCUGUUGCUAACAAGAUAACCACUCCACCACCCAAGAAGCGAACUGCUAUCAGCAUGCUACAUGGGAAGAACAGAAUCGGCGAGUUCAAAAACCCAACUCUGUAUAAAGAUGAUGAGAAGUUGAAAGCUCUGAGUGGGAUGAAAGAAGCUGGUUAUGUGCCCGACACGAGAUAUGUUCUUCAUGAUAUUGAUCAGGAAGCCAAGGAACAAGCUUUGCUGUAUCACAGUGAGCGUUUAGCAAUUGCAUAUGGCCUGAUUAGCACUCCGCCAAGGACACCUCUCAGGAUUAUUAAGAACCUCCGUGUCUGUGGAGACUGCCACAAUGCCAUAAAGAUCAUGUCCAAGAUUGUUGGGAGGGAGUUAAUUGUUAGGGAUAAUAAACGAUUUCACCAUUUCAAGGAUGGAAAAUGCUCUUGUGGGGAUUACUGGUAAUUGUUAUGGGAGUCUUGUCAUAUUCGUUGACAAUAUUUUCUUCCGGAUCAUUAUUUUAGGUAUGUAAAGCGCAGAUUUUGCGAAGCUGUUUGGAUGCUAUAGAGAUAAUAUAUAUGCUUUGUCUUCCUAUUUUGUUGCCA